CACAUCAGUACAGGUUUUAACGUUCUGUGUACACUAGUAUCAAUCACAGUGAAUCAGUCUCUCAAAAUACGGACACCGUUUUUUGAAGAUGAACGUGUUAACAUGUUUUGUUCUAGUGCUUAGCUCAGCAGCUGGGCGUAAAAUAGUGGAUUUAACGCAUACGUUUGAUGGUGACGCCCCGAAGUACCCACUGGGAUUUUUGAGUUCUGACCUAGCAAGUUUUGUUUAUUUUAACAUGACGACAUUGACAGCGCAAUAUUACGACGAUAUGUGGUUAGCACUGAGGAAAAUAGAGUUUUACGAACAUCAAGGAACCCAUAUCGACGCACCAUUGCAUUUUGGUAAUGGUCGACAAUCUUUAGAGCAGAUUCCACCAGAGAGACUAUAUGGACCUGGUGUUGUGAUUGACGUCAGAGACAAGGUCAAGGUCAAUCCUGAUUAUGCUGUUACAGUAGAUGAUAUUUUUGAACAUGAAAGAGAACAUGGUAAAAUACCACCAAAUGCAAUUGUAAACAUGAACUCUGGCUGGGCAAACAAGUACCCGGAUGCACGACUAGUGUUCGGUACAGACAACGUUACAGAUCCAAGUUCCUUCCACUUUCCUGGCUGGAGUCCAGAAGCUUGCGAGAUGCUUUUACAGAAACGACAGAUUAACGUUCUUGGAGUGGACACGCCUUCAACCGACCCAGCUCAGCCCCCGGUAUAUCCAUGCCACAUGUACCUCCAACCUAACAAUGUCCCAUUGAUGGAAUACGUGGCAAAUCUUGAUAGUAUACCAGUACGUAACACGACCAUUGUGCUGGGGGCAAUGAAAGUUCGAGACGGUACCGGCGGACCAACCAGAGUGCCUGUGUCAAUUUUAAAUGUAGUCUCCAAGAUACUUGAAAAGGUAGUUUAUGACCAAGUUGAAACAUAUUUUAAAGAGUAUAAGCUGUUGUAUAAAUUCCAAUCUGGUUUAAGAAAUGGUUUCUCCACUGAUAAUUGUCUCAUUUACAUGACAGACUACAUUAGGCAUGAAAUUGAUAAGGGUAAUGUGGUAGGUAUGGCUCUGUUAGACUUACAGAAAGCCUUUGACACUGUUGACCAUACCAUUUUCUUAAUGAAGCUUCAAACGUCUGGUCUUGGUGAUGACAUCAUAAGGUGGUUUAGGUCAUAUUUUUCUGAGAGACAACAGCUUGUUGAUGUGUCAGGUAGUUUUUCUUCUACUUCAAGUAUAACAUGUGGUGUUCCCCCAGGGUUCAAUCCUUGGGCCCCUCCUCUUUUUAAUGACGUCAAUGACAUGUCAGCCGUAGUGAAAAAUAGACUAUUGUUAUAUGCUGAUGACUCUGGAAUACAUGUUUCUGGAAAAAGUUUAUCUGAGGUGGAAAUUUCUGUAUCUGAAGAUUUGUCCUCAGUAAGUCAAUGGUUAAUUGAUGAUAAGUUAUCGUUGCACUUAGGUAAAACUGAGUCCAUUGUGUUUGGAUCUAAACAAAAACUUUGGUCGGAUUCCAAAUAA